UCCCUUGUACUAUUUCCGGUGACGCUCGGAAGUACGAUUCUAAACCGUGGCCAGAAUUCGCCAGGGGCUGUCUGCUGUGUGGCUUUUCUAAGCCAACAUGUCCAGCAGAAACAACAACAAGCUGCCCAGCAACCUCCCGCAGUUACAGAAUCUGAUCAAGCGGGACCCGCCGGCGUACAUUGAAGAGUUUCUACAGCAGUAUAAUCACUACAAAUCCAAUGUGGAGAUUUUCAAAUUACAACCAAAUAAACCCAGCAAAGAACUGGCGGAGCUGGUGAUGUUUAUGGCACAGAUCGGUCACUGCUACCCAGAACAUCUAAGUAACUUCCCUCAGGAACUGAAAGAUCUGCUGUCCUAUAAUCACACUGUCUUGGACCCUGAUCUUCGAAUGACAUUUUGCAAAGCUUUGAUCUUGCUGAGAAAUAAGAAUCUCAUCAAUCCAUCAAGUUUGCUAGAGCUCUUCUUUGAACUUCUACGUUGCCAUGAUAAGCUUCUGCGAAAGACUUUAUACACUCAUAUUGUGACUGAUAUCAAGAACAUAAAUGCAAAACACAAGAACAAUAAAGUGAAUGUAGUAUUGCAAAAUUUCAUGUACACCAUGUUAAGAGACAGCAAUGCAAUUGCAGCCAAGAUGUCUUUGGAUGUGAUGAUUGAACUCUACAGAAGAAACAUCUGGAACGAUGCCAAAACUGUCAAUGUUAUCACGACUGCAUGUUUCUCUACGGUCACCAAGAUAUUAGUGGCUGCUCUAACGUUCUUCCUAGGGAAGGAUGAAGAGGAAAAACAGGACAGCGACUCAGAAUCCGAGGAUGAAGGACCAACGGCGAGAGACCUUCUUGUGCAAUAUGCCACAGGGAAGAAAAGCUCCAAACACAAGAAAAAAUUAGAAAAGGCUAUGAAAGUGCUCAAGAAACAAAAGAAGAAGAAAAAACCAGAGGUGUUUAACUUUUCAGCUAUUCACUUGAUUCAUGAUCCCCAAGAUUUUGCAGAGAAACUACUAAAACAACUAGAGAGCUCUAAGGAGAGAUUCGAAGUGAAGAUGAUGCUCAUGAACCUUACCUCCAGAUUGGUGGGAAUUCACCAGCUUUUCCUCUUUAACUUCUAUCCCUUCAUUCAGAGGUUUCUGCAGCCCCACCAAAGAGAAGUGACAAAGAUUCUCCUGUUUGCUGCACAAGCAUCUCAUCAUCUGGUCCCCCCAGAGAUCAUUCAGUCAUUGCUCAUGACUGUGGCCAAUAAUUUUGUUACUGACAAGAACUCUGGUGAAGUUAUGACAGUAGGUAUCAAUGCUAUAAAAGAGAUUACCACUCGAUGUCCUCUGGCCAUGACCGAAGAACUUCUCCAAGACCUGGCCCAGUAUAAAACACACAAAGAUAAAAAUGUGAUGAUGUCUGCCAGAACUUUGAUUCAGCUCUUCCGGACACUGAAUCCUCAGAUGUUGCACAAGAAAUUCCGGGGUAAGCCUACGGAAGCCUCAAUAGAAGCAAGAGUACAAGAAUAUGGAGAAUUAGAUGCUAAAGAUUACAUUCCAGGAGCAGAAGUUCUAGAGGUUGAGAAAGAGGAAGAGAAUGCUGAAAAUGAUGAAGAUGGUUGGGAAAGUGCCAGUCUCAGUGAGGAGGAGGAUGCUGAUGGCGAAUGGGUUGACGUGUCCCACUCUUCAGAUGAAGAGCAGCAAGAAAUUUCCAAGAAGCUAAACAGCAUGCCCAUGGAGGAGCGGAAAGCCAAAGCUGCAGCCAUCAGCACAAGUCGGGUUUUAACUCAGGAAGAUUUCCAGAAAAUCCGCAUGGCCCAACUGAGGAAAGAACUCAGUGCUGCCCCUGGGAAAGCAGAAAAGAGGAAAUAUAUUGAAAUAGACAGUGAUGAGGAGCCCAGAGGCGAGUUACUUUCACUCCGAGACAUUGAACGCCUUCAUAAAAAGCCAAAGUCCGACAAGGAGACAAGGCUAGCAACUGCAAUGGCUGGAAAGACAGACCGAAAAGAAUUUGUGAGGAAGAAGACCAAAAUAAAUCCAUUUUCAAGCUCCACAAAUAAAGAGAAGAAAAAACAGAAGAACUUUAUGAUGAUGCGGUAUAGCCAGAAUGUCCGGUCAAAAAAUAAACGUUCCUUUAGAGACAAGCAGCUGGCGCUACGAGAUGCCCUUUUGAAAAAGAGAAAAAGAAUGAAGUAACUUCCAAGCAAGUUUUCCAUUUCAAGGAGAAUGCUGUGGGUCAUUACUCUAAAAAUUAGUAAAUCAGGAAUGUUUGUUUAUAUUAAAAAGUCCAGAAGCACUGUGUUUUGAAAACCACAGUACACUUGGUAGCAGCUUGGUGUUGCUAUUUUGAAGAUCAGUAAGGGCAAGAAUGUUUGAGACGUAAACAGUAGUGUUGGUGUAAAAUCGUUUCCAUUUAGCAUUCAUGUAAAAACAUUACUGAGUGCCUACCGAGCAUCUCUGUAGACACAAAAUGAAUGAGCCAUAACCCCUUUACGCAAGGCACUCUCAGCCUGAUGGGGAGGCAGGUGUGUGUGUGUGUUUAUAGUGCAGUGUAAGGAGUUUUCUGGUAGAGAUAGGGACAUGUUUCUGUGGGGUCACAGACGCCUUAUGGACUAACUCUGCAAGGAAUGGGGUUGUAUAUUCUCUUAAAACAAAAACGGACAACGUUACAAGAGUAAGAGGUUCUUACUUGUAAAUAGGCUUACCUGCUGAAAACAGGUCCCUGCUGUACAGACUUUGGGUGAACAAUUUUAGCUCUUUUAGUCCAUCUCAAAGAUCUAAAUAUUUUUCAAUGCCACGUAGAGACUUUUUGGUUAAGCCCUUGCUUUUUGAAUUGCCUUAACUAUAAAUAGUAACCUUGGAACGUCUUUACUUCAUCAUUUGCACUACCCCCUCUUUCAUAGAGGACAAAAAAAUCUGAUUGGUUUCCACAGCCUCCUUUUACCCUAAAAUAUUUUUAGUCCACAACUAGCCUUGUUUCAAUAAAAUGGUUUCUAAUGUCAGAUGGGUACUUUGUGUGUUGUUCUUCCUUCUGUAGACAUUCUUGAAUGGAUUUUAGGGGACCUGGGAGCCAUUUUCAGUCUCUCCCUGCGUGCAAGUUGUUGCAUUUGGAAAUAGUUCGGUGUCUUUUGCCUCUGAUUUCCUAGGUAACAUUGUGGCGGUGGUUGUUAGAUGCCGUCAAGUCAGUGCUGACUCAUAGCAACCCUGUGUACAACAGAACAAAACAGUGCCCGGUCCUGCACCAUCCUCAUGACUAUUGUUACACUUGAGCCCAUUGUUGCAACCGCUGUGUCAGUCCAUCUUGUUGAGGGUCUUCCUCUUUUUCACUGACUCUCUACCAAGCAUGAUGUCCUUCUCCAGGGACUGGAGAAGAGGAAAUUGCUUGCAUGUUACUUCACAUUAGAUUAAAAGGCAGUUUUUUGCCCAAUCAGAAUUAGACAGCAGCUUCUUUGCCAAUUUUUUUUUCAGAAGUUUUGUAAUAGUGGUUUUAUCUCUGCCAUGUGUUUAUGAAAUUAAUUCUUAUUCCUUUUCCAGUUUCUUUGUCCACUUUUUGAGUUCAGCUUCAGCUUCGUUUGAAUGAAACUUUGUGACUUUGCCUGAGAUGCCCCAGAUCACUGUUUGAGGAAUAACUGUGAAGACCUUGAAAUUUAGUGAUUAAAUUGCACUACUCCUGUGGUGCAGUGGUUAAGCACUCAGCUGCUAACUGGAAGGUCAGCACUUUGAACCACCAUUAGUUCUGAGGGAGAAAGAUGUGGCAGUCUGCUUCCGUAUAGAUUAUAGCCUUGGAAACCCUGUGGAGCAGUUCUACUCUGUCCUGUAGGGUUGCUAUGAGUCAGAAUCUGGUUUGGCUUUUUUUUUUUAGUGGGAAGAACUGUCAGCCUCCAGCAAUUUCAGUGCUUUAGAGGAAGUGUCCAGUGCAAAUUUGAUUAUUUCAGACCUAAAACUGCUGCCUUUUCUUUUUGCAUGUUUGAACUGAGCGUCUCCUCAUGUUUCUAAUCCAGAGGUGGGUGAAUAAAAUUCAAAAUGGCAUAGUAGCUAGAGUCCAUAGCUUUGCUGUAUGAAUUGUGAUAGUGCUUGAAAGUUUUGUCCUUCUCCUAGAUUUCCACCUCCCACUUAGAUACCAAGAGGUCAAAGUCCAGUCUGUGCUCUGACUUCUGUUCUAUGAAGGCCUCACCCCGUUUAACUAGUGUUUAACUAGUCUGAGGUUUAUAUGCAAGAUAGAAAGAUAACCACCCAGUUUAAGAAGGUAAAUUCUUGACUUUAUUUUAUUUCUGUAAUUCCAUAAUAUCUUAUCUCUAUUUGAUCCAUUUUAUUAUAUUAUCAAUUUCUUGGUAAUAUUUUCAGUUUACUAUAUAAAUUUGAAGAUUACAUCCUCACAGGGUUGGAUGUUGCCAGCAGGGUGACCUUUACCUUGAAGAAGUCAACAGGAUCUGAGCUUCAGCUUUUCAGUCUCAAAUUUUAUCAACACAGAGAAUGGAUCGAUUUAGGGAUGCACUCACAUUGUCCAAGCUUAUGUAUAAUGCAAGUUCGCCUAUAAAAUAAACUCCACUCAAGGCAGAGAGUUUUGUAUGUUUACUGCUAUAUUGCCAAUGCCUGGUUCAGUGCCUGAUAAAUAUUUGAAUACAUGAUUUAAUCUCGACUUUCUCUCUGUAAAUAUAAUACCAGCUACCUCACUGAUUGUUUUAAGAGUUGUGAGAGCUAAUGGUUACAAACACUUAGCAUGGUAUGUGCCGCAAAGUGAGCAUUCAGUAAGUUUCUCAUCAAAGGUUAGGUACCUAUUAAGCUUUUAUUCCUUAAUUUGUAGCAAAUUAAAAUGUUGUACAAAAAACAUUUGUAGCAACUACGGUUGCUACAAAUGUUUUGUACCUCAAAUCCAUUUUUUUUUUUAAGCUCAAAAUAUAAAAAUCUGUAUUGAAUGUCCUCAUGUGCGAAGCCCUCUGCUAGAUGCUAUGUGGGUUGUGAACACAAGGUUUUUUUUUUACAAGUUCAAAGCUCUGGAAAUAACCUUUUCUCUCCUAAUAACUUAAAAAUGCAAGUAGAAGCAGUGAGCACAGCUAAUUGUAUACUAUUUAAACAGCAUACUCAUAUUUUACAGAGGGCAUUUCUUACAGGGUAAUUAUUUCCUUUUGCAGAUUCUUUGUCAUUGUUUUUUCAAUCCAAUCUCAAUAUGGAAGUAGUUCAAUAAACUGUAACCUAUCCAGUGAUAGAAUAUUAUAUAGCCAUUAAAAUGUUUACAAUGGGAGUGUUUAUUAUAAAUGAAAAGAAUAAAAUACAAAGGUAUUGAUAGUAUAAUCCGACCACACGUGUAAGAAAAUGGAGAAUAGUAAAAUUCCAAGAGGAGAUAUGCCAAAAUAUUAAAUAUGGUUUUCUUUGGGUGUUGGGAUCAUGUGUGAGUUUUUUGUUGGUCUUUCUACUUUGCUUUCUGGAUCUUUUACAGUGUGUAUGUUUUAAGUCAUUGUGAAAGAAAAAAUAACCUCAUUUGAGAUAGAGAAUAAAGAUACCUUGAAACUCAUCUUGUGAAUUUUCUGUAAAAUCAGAAGAGGAAUGUACCUUUAACCAAGGCAAGGAUUACUUUGAAAAUAACCCAGAAGAGGAGUUACAGUCUUGCCUUCUUAAUUACUCUCUUCCACCAGCUUACUGAUUGGGUGCUAGAGUCAUCCUUAGUUUGGGAUUCUCUUUGACUCUAAUGAGCAAUACCAAAUAUUAGCGAAAGUGGUAAAUUAGAACAAUUCUUUGAGAAAGAAAUUUGUAAUAUAUACCAAGAACCUAUAAAGUAAUCAUAUCCUUUGAUUCAAAACCACUUCUGAGAGUCUAGUCAAAGAAGACAAUCCAGAGCUGUGUUUGGCUAAAUGUCCAUCCAAAAAUAUCCUAACCCAAUUGGAAUUUGUCUGUAAUAAGAAAUCUGGAGAUGGGCAGUUGCUGACCUAGGUUCAGCUGUUCAGUGAUGGCCAUCAGGAUCUUGGGUCCUUUCCUGCCUUGUCAUCCUUAGUUUGUUGGAGGUAGAUUCUCUUGAUUCACAAUGCUGACUGACAUGCUGUAUCACUAUGGGUAAGUUAAUAUUUCUCUGCCUUGGUUUCCUUGUGUGUAAAAUGGGCAAUGAUGAUACCUUACCUUCAUAAACAUCUCUCUGUGUUUAAGGCAGAAAGAAGGGAUGCAAGUGGUGGCGUCACAUCCAUCCCUUUUACUAGGAAAGCAAAAGCUUUCCCAGAAUUCCUGCAGCAGCCUUCCCUUAGGUCUGGUUAGCCAGACUGGGUUACUGAGGCCACCCUACCAACACGGGAAGCUGGAAAAGCAGGAAACAGGAUUGUUGAUCUAUCAGAUGAACUAUAACCAUCCCAACAAAUCAGGGCUUCUGUUAGCAAGGAAGAAGGAGGAAAUGGAUUUGGGGUAGGCAAAUAGCAAUGUCUACCACAAGGUAUCUGUAGGGAAAUAUCCACUGCAAUUUAAUAUAUAAUGGCAAAAACAUGCAAGGAAGUGCCUAAAAUAUGGCAGUAGUUAAGCAAUUUGGAAUAUAGGUAUUAGGUGGAAUAUGCAACCAUUAGACAAUCACUGAUAAGAAAAAUUAUUCAAACAAGAUAUAAACUGUAUAGUAUGAAAAGAUGUUAUGCUAUCUUUUUAAAAAGCAAAGCCUAAAAUGAGAUUUUUUCAUUGAUUUUUAAGACACAUUUUUCGUAUUUUUGCCUCUGAAGUUGGAAUGUGCCUUAAAAUUGUUGCAGCCAGACAGCAGUCUUGACAUUGCCGUGACCUGUACACUCAUGAAGUUGGUGCAAAAAUCUUAGUUGGCAUCUGCUCAGGUGAGGCGAGGGCCAUCAUCAAAACAUGCAGAAUGGGAGUCAGCGCUCAUUAAAAAAAUCCAGAAAAAAAAUAGUAGAACGUUAAAAUUUUUUUUUAACUUUUUACUAAUGUAUGCAUAAAGAAAAGUACAAGUACUGUGAGCUGUACACAUCCUAUAACCAGCACUAAGAUCAAGAAACAGAAAAUUAACACCUUAGAAUAACCUCUACCUCUUAGUUAAAAGCUCUUAAAAAUGCCACAUUUUGAUGGCACAAAGAGUGAUAAUUUGGAACAAUACGGUCACCUGUGAUACUGAAUCAAAAAGGGAUUCAGGAGUGUCUAACUUUGCAAAGAAGUUUGAGCAAUACCGUACACAAUUUAUUCCACUUUUUAAAAUGUAUAUACACAGUAGACAUGUGAUUAAAAAAAAAAAAAAACCUAUUACAAAA